AUGAUGUAUCGAUUGAUGGUUAUAGCCAGUAUGGUAAAUAGGGACACGGCUAACAAACCGUAUCUGACUAACGGGAAGAGGCGGCAAAGCAAUUGGCCGUGUAUCCACGAUCUGUACCAGAAUGUAGAAGCAGCCAGUGGUAAGUUGAAGCAACAAAAACUCAAAUCUGACACGCUGAGGUUGAUGAUGAAUACCGCUGUUGCGUUACGCACCUGA